UAGUUAUUUUACAGCUUGUCUGCUUUGUUUUUGUGUCAAUUUCUGAUGUCAUAUCGUUAGUGAAAUUGUCUUGUGAUUAGAAAGUUAUUUAUUGCUGUAAUUAAAAUUUAAAUAUAUUUCUUGAAAUAAUAAAAAUAUAUAAGGAUAACGGAUUCUGUACUGUACUAAGUUGGUGGUGAUGAUGGGUAUGAUAGUUGGUACAAGACUCUUAUUUCUCCUGACCCCCCGUGGCGGUGACAUUGUCGCAGAACGUUACAGAGUCCUUGCAGAAAGAAUUUCCCUUUAGAAAAUUCAUUUCUGUUAAGAGAUUUGUGCAAUGGCGGGAUUGUUUGGUGGUCGUACUUCAACAUUUGACAAGUUAUUCGAAAAAGCCACUAGUCAUCUUUUGUUGGAACCUGAUUGGGAAAGCAUUUUGAAUAUAUGUGACAGUAUUCGUCAAGGAGAUGUGCCACCAAAAUAUGCUGUUUCCUGUAUAAAGAAGAAACUUUAUGCUACUAAUCCUCAUGUGGUUCUGUACACUUUACAGGUAUUGGAAUCUUGUAUGAAAAACUGUGGCAGUCCCAUUCAUGCCGAAGUAGCAUCCCGGCCAUUCAUGGAAGAGUUAAAAGAUUUAAUUAAGGCCACUACCAAUGAAAAUGUGAGGAAUAGAAUAUUGGAGUUAAUUCAGGUUUGGGCUCAUGCCUUCAGAAAUGAACCAAAGUAUCGUGCUGUUCAGGAUAUAUUCAACAUGCUAAAAGUGGAAGGCUACAAGUUGCAAAUUUUGAAGGAAAGUGAUGCAAUGUUUGUUGCUGAUACUGCUCCUGACUGGUCGGACGGAAGUUGUUGUCAUCGAUGCAGAACUCAAUUUACUGUUAUUCAAAGGAAGCAUCAUUGUAGGAAUUGCGGUCAGAUAUUUUGCAACAAGUGCUCGUCUCGCAGCUGUCCCAUUCCCCGCUUUGGUAUCGAGAAAGACGUCAGAGUGUGUGAAGCAUGCUGGGAAAAAUUGACCAAGCCAUCGACCAAAUCGAUUUCUCCUCAGCCUGAGCAACUUUCUCCUACAACUACUUCUCAAGAGUCUUCAACAAGUAAAAGUGAACAAGAACUCAAAGAAGAGGAAGACUUACAACUGGCUCUUGCUUUAUCACAGAGUGAAGCAGAAAGUAAAGAAAAUAAAAAAUCAUCUGCCAAAACAGUUGUGUACUCUUCUUUUACACCAGUAGAGGAAAGUGUAGCACCAGAGAAAAAAAGUUCACCUGUUGACAGUGAAUUGGAUCGUUACUUAAAUAGAUCCUACUGGGAACAGCGACAACAGCAGCAGAAGGAAGAAAUUGUUCUGUCCCCUUCUGAGACUAGGAGCAGCCCUACUCCCAGUGCCCCUGUACCCAAUUCAGGACCUCCUACCAUCAGUUAUGGAAAAAGUAGGAUCUCUGAGAAAUAUCAAAAUGGUGAAGUGGAUGAACUGACUGAUUUUCUGAGGAAUCUCAGAACAACUGUGGAGAUAUUUGUAAAUCGAAUGAAGAGCAAUUCCAGCAGAGGGCGCCCCAUUGCAAAUGACACGCAUGUCCAAUCACUCUUCAUGAAUAUUACCAAUAUGCAUUCUCAGCUUCUGAAAUAUGUCCAAGAACAAGAUGAUAUGAGAGCUUACUAUGAGAGACUUCAGGAUAAGCUGAGCCAGGCACGUGAUGCUAGGGCUGCACUGGAUGCUCUACGGGAGGAACAUCGCGAAAGAAUGAGGCGAGAAGCAGAAGAGGCAGAGCGGCUGAGGCAGAUACAAAUGGCUCAGAAGUUGGAAAUAAUGCGCAAAAAGAAACAGGAGUAUUUGCAGUACCAAAGGCAGUUGGCCAUCCAGAGGAUGCAAGAGCAGGAACGGGAAAUGCAACUUCGCCAGGAGCAACAGAAGCAGCAGUACCAAGUGAUGCCCCAAGCUGCCCCAUAUCCACAGCAACAUGCAUAUGUUCCACCCUCUCAAAACUAUGGAGUGCUCCCUCCUCCCAAUGGCAAUGAUCCAAGUAUGCAACAACAACAACCUUAUCAUCCUUCCUUCAAUCCUCAAAUGGCAGACUAUCGACAACAACCCUACUCUAUGCAAGUCCCUGUGUCAAUGCCUCCAGGAGCACCUUUUCCCCAACAGCCAGGAAUUCCAACAUCUGCUGCUCCCAUGAGCCAUCAGAUGAUGAUGCCCCCACCCCAACAUGUCCAAAUGAUGCCUCCUCAGCAGCAGCCUAUGAUGCAACAAAACCAACCCAUGCUCCCAGAUGCUUUACCUCACUCCCCACAACACCAGGAGCAACAGCAGCAACACUGUGAUCCCCUUAUUGUGUUUGACUGAUCCUCAAUUAAAUUGCAAUUUAUUUCUUUUGAGUAAAAUAUGGCAUUUUUAUUUAAAAGAAGAAAAAAUGUACAUUGUAUUUGAUUGCUUCCUAUUGUUAAUUUUUCCUUCUUGAUUUAGUGGAUAUAAUUAUCUAUCUAUAUAUAAUAUAUAUUUGUUAUGAAUAAUUUUUGGUGUAGCUUCAAUAAAAUGCUCUUCUUUUAA